CUGUAGCCGUUCGUGCUAGUGAACGAAAAGAAUGGCAUCCCGUCGAUCUUGCUUGCUCGUGGCUUGUGUUCUAAUUCCACUUCGUGCUGCACUUCGUUUUGGAUACCUCGACGACAACGUAGUCGAAGUGACAGGCAUCGUGGGACGAGAAGUGUCCCUUCCGUGCGACCUUCGUCCAGCGGUGGGUGAACCGACGGACGACGUGCCACUACUGGUGCUGUGGUUCCGAGAGGGCUUCCCUACUCCACUCUUGAGCGCCGAUGCACGAAGAGGGGGAGGAGGAAUAUCACGGGCACGGGUAUGGAAGGAUGAUGCCUGGGACGUCCGCCUUACAUCAAAUCCUCCGGCGUUGCUGCUGGGGAACGUGAAAUCGGAACACGCUGGCACGUACGUCUGUCGAGUCGACUUCCGGCAGGCGCAGACGACCAACCGCAUCGUGCGUCUGCUCGUCGUGGUUCCGCCGUCAAUUCCCGUCAUCACAGAUAGAAUGGGGCAGGUCUACAACGGCACUGCUACUUUCAACCGCGGGGACAUCGUGCAUCUGCAAUGUGAAUCACGGGGAGGUCAGCCACGACCGACACUUUCCUGGUUGCGAGACGAUGAGCUGAUGCAGCCUUCUCCAGUAGCUUCGACAUCGAGUGCGGACGGCGUGGUGAGCCGCAUUCACGUCGGUCCGCUCACAAGGGCUGACCUCCUCACCAAGAUUACCUGCCAAGCCCAAAACAACAACGUCUCGGAGCCACUCGCUACAACGGUGGUGUUGGACCUCAACCUGGCCCCGACAGGCGUCUCCAUCACGGGCGGUAUCGAGCCCCUGCACGCAGGUCGCCCAGCACUGCUUUCCUGCGUUUCAACGGGCUCCCGACCGACGGUCGUGUUGAGCUGGUGGAAGGACAGCGGGCGCCUCCCCGCGUCGUCCUCAAACAACUCGGCGAGCAGCGUCACUCUGAUACCGACGAGCGCCGACCACGGUCGUCGCCUGGCGUGCCGAGCGCACAACCCACAUCUCGCACACGAUGUCCUCGAAGAUGCCGUCACGCUACGAGUCCAUUACCCUCCGGAGCUUCACGUGAGGUUGGGCAACCAUCUCCGGGAAGGCGGCAUCAUGGAGCAUCGGGACGUGUACCUGGAGUGCUCGGUCUCUGCCAACCCUCCCGUGACGGAAGUGGGAUGGCGUUUCGAGGGUCAGGACUUGCACACCAAUACCUCCGCUGGGCUCAUCGUCAGCAACCGAUCCCUCGUGCUUCAGAAGGUGCAGCGAGAAGCACGGGGCCAUUACUCCUGCACGGCCGCUAACUCCCUCGGCAGAGGCACCAGUGGACCUUUUUUUCUGCGGGUCCAGUACGCCCCGGUGUGCGUAGAAGGUCAACAACAAGUGUACGGUGCAGCCCGACACGAAGCCGUCCAGGUGAGCUGCGAAGUGAGCGCUGACCCAGCAACCGUCGCCUUCGAAUGGCGGCUCAACAGCUCGGCGGCCGAAGUUCCACCACACUCGUCGGCCGGCGUCCGAUCUUUUGCCACGGUGGUUGCACGCUCCGAAGCCGACUACGGUGCAUUAGCCUGCUGGGCUCGCAACUCCGUGGGGAUCCAGAAGCAGCCGUGCGUGUUCGUCCUGGUGCCCGCCGGACCACCGGAGUCGCCCUCCGACUGUGUCGUUUCUAACCAGACAGAGGACUCCUUCUUCAUACUGUGCCGUGAAGGACAUCACGGUGGAUUAAGACAGCAUUUUGUGUUGGAAUUGCAAGACAGCGGAGGCGGUCGAAGUAGGGCCAACCUUAGUGGGUCUCUCCCUGCUUUUCAGGUAGUCGAUCUUCCAGCUGGCACAGACUUCGUGCUGGUGGUCUACGCUGCAAAUGCCAAGGGCAGGAGCCCACCUGUGCUCUUAACUGCUGGCACGUUACCAGCUGCCGCAGAGAGCAUACUAAGGCAGGGCACAGAAACAGGCUGGCAGUCGAACUUCAGUCCCGUGUUGGCUGUGCUCCUGACGGUCGUGUUAGGCUUCGCACUGCUCGCCUUCGUUGUCGUCGUCUCAGUGAGGCUCUGGACGCAGAAGGGCUUCCACAGCAACUCGCAGAGCAAGAGACACGCAAGCGAAAGGACGUGUGGUCCUGCGCCAGACGUUGUGGAUAGAACAAUCACUAAAGAAGACGCAACGGAACUUGAGACGUUUCCUGAGGGCAAAGGCCUCUGUCUGGCAACCUUGGACCCGGAACAAUGUGUUGUCAGCAGUCUGAUGCCACGGUGAGCAAGGUGGAACCCGCUGGACACAGAAUUCUGUGUUGUCCAACGCUCCGCAGCGGCUCUUACUAUUCGUCUGUCGAAGAACGCGACGAAGUUCCUACAAGACAAGGGUGAAGUGACAGUGGAAAACGCUUUCCGAAUACACCAGAUUGUUCUUGAGGCCCUGCUGCGCUUACUAUCCUGCGGGUGGAGUAGCAGGUAGUGAUCAUCUGAAAGCAGGACAAGGAAGCGGGAGCUCUUGUGGCUAGGAUCAAGGAUCACCACUACCAUUCCUCGCCAGUCCUUGAACGGUGUCAUCAACAUAUGGCCAACCUAGGCUGCAAGAUGGCGCACUGUCCAUUAUCCUGAAGAGGCAAGUCCUAGGGACAAGUGGUUCAUAAAGAACAUGGACACUUCUGGCUAUACCUCACUGUGGGCGGACGACACCUAUGAACUCUGUAAUAAACAACUGAAAUGCU